AUGGAAAAGGCUCCUGGGGUUCAGCAAUACGAAGUGUGGAGAGAUCUGAAUGACUGGGAGCGAUUCAAAUUCUUUGGCCAAUUGACCGAAUACGAAAAACAGAUGGCUGAAAUUCGGUUCCCAGCGAGUGGAAGUCUUUACCUUCUGGAGUCAAUGACAGAAAGCGACACACACGUCGCUCUGAGCCAAGAGACUGACCCUGUGGGAGAGUUCUGCAUAGGCCCCUCAUGCGAGCGAGGAUGGCAUACUACGGAGGCAUUAGCAAGUGCAAGCCCUCGAUUUGAUCAGGGGCCAUGGCCGGAUUUGUCUUCAUAUGGAACUGCUCUCGUCGAACGAGAGCUCGCAAUCCUACAAAAGCGCACUUCCGAUGCAACAUUUGAUUCACCGCGAGGAACUCUCGAGGAGCAGAUCGAUACCCUUAAUAUGACCAAAGAGGUCAUGUCUCGACUGAACGACCGCACACUCAUCGGGAAAGUUUCCGAGCCGGUGCUAUGGCACACUGACCUCCAUAUGGGCAACAUAUACGUGUCAGGGCGGAUGCCACCACAAAUCUCAUCGAUCAUCGACUGGCAGUCUAUUGUAGUUUCGCCACUGUUUUUGCAAGCACGAUUUCCGAAAUUUCUUACAGUCGAUGAUGACUAUAAAUUGGGUACUAUCAAGCUUCCAGACCCGCCGCCUGAUCUAGACAAAAUGGAUGCUAGAGAUAGGGAACUGGCUGAGUACAAGUUUGAGCAAGCCAAAGAAGCCAAGGUGUACGAAGUCAGUACCGCAGCCACGAAUAUGCGGGCUUGGAGGUGUAUGCUGAUAUCAUCAUUCCUCCGCGAGCUCUUCACUCGGUGCGGAGAAGUCUCGGAAGAGGGCGAGAUACCACUUCGCGCGUGUCUCCUCCAGGUUGCUGAUUUAUGGGACGAAAUUAGCUUCGAAGGCGAAUGUCCGCUCAACUUCAGCGAAGGGGAUGUGCAAAGGCUUGAGCAACAGUUCGAAAAGUACAGUAACUACCACAAAGUACACGAAUUUGCGAGAGGAAUCCUUAAUGCUGAUUUCGAAGGCUGGAUCAAUCCGAUGUUGGACUUCGCUGCGAAACAACAGCAGAACAAGGAAUUGCUAGAAGAGUUUGUGCGCAGGAGUAGUGAGUUUGGCAUGACACCAGAGGAGAUGAGGAGAAUAUGGCCGUACUCGGAACGGUAG